AUGUGGUUACUCAGGCGGAGGUCAUAUUUAGUUAAAUUAUUUAUUUUUGUUGGUAUUUUUUGGUUAGCAACUUUAUAUAUCUAUAAUAAUAGUACUAGUUCAACGGGUAGUCUACAAGAUAAGAUUGAUGCAUUAGGUCCCCGUGGUGCUAUUUUAAAAGCAGCAGUUGACAAAGAACUAAAAGAUCAUGUUGAUAAGGAAGAAACUGAGGAAUUGGAAGAAAAAAAAUUAAAGCAAAAAAAAAAAAUUAAAGAAGAUGAAUUAGAGGAAGAGAAAAUUUAUGAUAAAGAUGAAAAAACUGAAAAAAAAGAUAGUGGUGAUGAUAAAGAAGAAACAGAAGAAGAGCAACAUAAAAAUGAUGGUUUUAUACCACCUCCAAAAAGCUUAGUACCCGAUCCAGAUUCACCAAUUUAUAAGAAAGGUGAUCCUAAUCAGGCUGGUGAAAACGGGAAAGGUGUCAAAAUUAAUAAAACUUUAUUAAGUAAAGAUGAAUUAGUACUAUUUGAAACUGGUUUUAAAAAUAAUGCCUUUAAUCAGUAUGCUUCUGAUAUGAUUUCUAUUCAUAGAUCUUUACCAACUGAUAUUGAUGAAGAGUGUAAGACAGCAGUAUUUGAACCGGAUCUCCCUGAAACUUCUAUAAUUAUGUGUUUCCAUAAUGAAGCAUGGUCUGUAUUAUUACGUUCUGUUCAUUCAAUUUUGGACAGGUCACCAGAACAUUUAAUAAAAGAAAUUAUAUUAGUUGAUGAUUUUUCAAAUAUGCAACAUCUAAAAAAACAACUAGAUGAUUAUAUGAGUCAAUAUCCUAAAGUUAAAAUUCUUAGACUUCCAGAUCGUGUUGGGCUUAUUCGUGCAAGAUUAGAGGGUGCCAAAAUUGCAACAGGAAAAGUUUUAACAUUCCUUGAUUCACAUAUUGAAUGUAUGGAAAGAUGGUUGGAGCCACUUCUUACAUUAAUUGCUAAAAAUAAAUCAACUGUUGUUUGUCCUGUUAUUGAUGUAAUUGAUGAUGAAGAUUUUACCUAUCAUUAUUCUAAAGCAGCUCAUACUAAUGUUGGUGGUUUUGAUUGGGGUCUUCAAUUUAAUUGGCAUCCAAUUCCAGCAAGAGAUAAAGUAGGUAGAAAACCAACUGAUCCAGUUCGUUCACCUACCAUGGCUGGUGGUUUGUUUUCAAUUGACAAAUCAUAUUUUGAAUAUCUUGGUGCUUAUGAUCCUGGUUUUGAUAUUUGGGGUGGUGAAAAUCUUGAAAUAUCAUUUAAAAUUUGGAUGUGUGGUGGUGAAUUACUAAUUGUGAGUUGUUCACAUGUAGGUCAUAUUUUUAGAAAGAAAUCGCCAUACAAAUGGAGAACAGGUGUUAAUGUUCUUAAAAAAAAUUCUGUACGCCUUGCUGAAGUAUGGUUAGAUGAGUAUAAAGAAUAUUACUAUGAACGUAUUAAUCAUAAAUUAGGAGAGUUUGGUGAUAUUUCUGAUCGUAUAGCUCUUCGUAAACGUCUUAACUGUAAAUCGUUCAAAUGGUAUCUUACUAACAUUUUUCCUGAAUUAUUUAUUCCUGGAGAUGCUAUUGCUAAAGGAGAGAUUCGAAACUUAGCUAAUCCAUUUGAUAGUUAUUCUCAAUAUUGUAUCGAUUGUGCAUUUAAAAAAAGAGAGAAAAAAAAGCCAGUUUCUUUGUAUAUUCGUAAUUUGGCUACUUUGGAUGAUUACAAUAUGUGUGUUGAUGCUUCUGUCGGGGAUGAAGUCUCUGGAGAAGAAGUUAAACCAUAUAGAUGUCAUUUACAAGGAGGAAAUCAGUAUUGGAUGUUAUCAAAUACUGGUGAAAUACGACGUGAUGAAAGUUGUAUAGAUUAUGAUGGAAAACAGAUAAUGAUAUAUCCUUGCCAUGGAUCGAAAGGUAAUCAACAAUGGGUAUAUAGUUCUCAGUUAAAACAACUGAAACAUUUUGUAUCAAAAAAAUGUCUUUCAAUGAAAAAGGAUACUAUAAAACUUUUCAUGGCAAAAUGUGAUACUAAAGAUGUUUAUCAACAAUGGAGAUUCCAAAAUUAUAAUCACACAAAAGCCAUAGAAUCGGGAUACAUUAAAAUUUAA